AUGGCUUCUGCUGAUCCCGGUAGUUUUCACUCGUCUUCUAAUUUUGACGAGAAUGUUUCAUUUGUGGGUAAGAAUUUGCCCGCCAGACUGAUAGGUUCUCCACUCGAGGGAAUUCGAACUGUUCCGGACGAAUCUGAGGAAAUUGCAAAACUGAGACGGGAAAACUUCAAGCUUAGCCUUUUAUGCUACAAGUACGAACAAAUAUACCAGAAGGGCUUGACAGAUGAUCCAGCAAUGCGCAUUACUGAUCUCGAAAACGUGAAUUCUCAGUUGGUGGAUCAGUUGAAUGUGAAGGCUCGCCUACUAGAUAGCGCUUCGAAAAUGCUAACUUCUAUGAAAAAUGAGAACGACCAAUUACGUGCGGAUCUUGAUGGAUGGAUAAAAAAAUUUGAGUCCUGUGAAGGGGAGUGGAGAAACAAAUAUGACCUAUUGACCCUCGAGUUUCAGGAACUAAAAUCAUCUCAACGAAGAGCUGAAAGUAGAUGUGAAAUAAUCGAGAAUGAGUCUUCUAGACUCGAAACUACCAAAAGAGCGGAAAUUUCAGCUCUCCAACAGCAGCUAGUCGAUGCUGAAACAAAAAUUGCUAUGCUGGAGGCAGAGUUGAAAGCAUUCCCCCGUGAAGCCGUAACUUUUUCGCAUCCAGGCAAGGCUCCUGCUCCCCGUUUCUCCGAUAUGGAUGAUAAGGAGAACGUUUCCUCUACUGCUCUGGAAACGCUGCGGGAUCCACUAACAUCACCUAACAUAGCUGCGGAUCAAAGUCUCCGACGCCAUAAUACAUGCCAGGACACGAUCAAGAACCUGAAGUAUGAAUGCGAGGCCUUGAAUGCGGAGUUGACGGCGUGUAAACAGCUGCUCACCGCAUCGGAAUCGAAGCUCCAGUUGGUGAUGGACCAAUUAGAAGCUGAAAAGGCCUCUCAUGCGAAGAAUUUGGCACAGCGGAACGAAAUUGAGCAAGCUCUGCACAGUCGUAUCAGCGAUCUUGUGAGUGAUCGGAACUGCCAGGCGAAUUUAAACGACAUGCUUUCAGCUCAGUUGGCUCAGUUGAAGGAACACGAUGAGCGGAUCAAACGGGAGCACCUUCGACAGCUUGAGACGUUGGAUAGGAUGCUGCAGGAUCGCGAACGUGCGAUCUACGAGUUGUCUACUCUAGCAAGUGGCAACCAACGCGAGGCAGGAGACCCUUCAUCUCAAUGUCUACCCGCUCCAGAGGAUACAGCACCACUUGAAGAGGUGACGCAGCUCCGUCACAAUGACUCCUCGACCAUAUUCGAUGUGACUGCGGACCAUCAAGUAACUGGCAAUCAGUCUGGUGACUUGGCAAAAUUACAACGCGAGUUAGCUGUACUGAGGGGCAGGUUGGUGGCUCAAGUUAAGGCGAAUACGCGGCUGAAAACGGCCUACAAUACUCUCUCGCAUAGCAUGAUUAAAGCCCCAGUCGAUCUCUCGCAGUCGGUCAAUCCGUUUAUUGCGGAAGCAACCGCUGCGAACGCUUCACGGCUGAGCUUCACAGCGGGUGCUAGCUGUGACGAAUCCAGCCUAGGAUUGGGUAGAGGGCUUUUCAAUCUUAGUAACAACAAAGCAUCCCUAGCGUUGGACAAGACCGUCUCUGAAUUGCAGGCUACUCUUGGCAGACUUGAGGUGGAAAUUUCAGCUGUGGAGUCGGAGAACGAGAAGGCGACUGUGGAGGCUUCAACCGACGCAGCCGCCGCAACUGCGACGGGAGCAGCGUCAUCACAGUCGUUAGAACGACUGAAGAGUCUGCACUCCCUCAUCAAGAAUCUCCUUAACCAAUUCGACAACAUGCGAUUCAUUCAGCAUUCCUUCCACGAGACGGUGAACCGCAGUCUCAUGGCAACGAGUAUGUGCAUGGAGGCGAGUGCUCAAAAGGUUGUGACCUCUGUCGGACUCGAGGAGUCGCAAAAUCGGUCCCUCCCCUCGUCCUUCUUCUGCGCCGCGGGUGCAGCUGAGAUUUCGGUGAUUCUUCCGCCUGAUAGGAGUUACAAGGAGGAGCGCGAUCCAGCAAAGGCAAUGACCGACGCCCCAUCGUUGAACCAACACGACAAUACCACCUUCAACCUCUUAUUACAGUACCGUCACCACGGCCUUCAAGCCGAGAUCACCGACGAUCUCCCCGACACCUCCACCUCCUUCUCCUGCCACAGUCUCGCACUCAGCGCUCGCACUGGCGACGUAUCUUGUAUGGAGGCGCACAACCGCCGUAUCUUCGAUCGCAUCUCUCUUGCUGUGGCACGGAUCCAAGAAGCCGUCGAUGAGUGGUCGGUCAAAGCUGCCACGGAAGUGCUGAUGGCUCUUACUGCGCCUGAAAACGAGGGCACUGCAGCUGAUGGCUCUGCUACCACCGCUGCUCCUUCGGUGCCUGUCGAUGAGGUUAUCGGGUUGGUGACACGGUUCGUCUCUGUGGUAUCGCGAGCCCAGACACUGGAGGUGGCCGAGCCAAGUGGUCUCUUGGAGUGGCGGGAUCUGGCGCACAAGUGGUUCUUGCUACUCAUUGAUGCCUUGCAGAAGGGAUAUGUCGUGACGGUGGCUGAGCACAUGACUGCCGCCCUGAUGCCAUGGAUUAGCAGUGACUCCCAGCUGGGGCUGCUUGAGCACCAAUUCAACGAAGGCUUUGUGCAUCUAGAGACUGCCUCGGCCGACGUUUCCGCUCCUCGCCAUGAGCAACCAACAUCAACAACAGCUGUAGCAGAGGCGCAGACGCCUCCACCGGCACCUAGCGUGCCACUGAAGGAUCACGAAGCGGCGCUGUCGAAGUACGCGGCACGUUGCGAGCAACUCGCGUCGGCUAACGCAGCACUGCAGGCUACGUACGUGCAGGUGUCGGAGGAGCUGGAAGCGGCCUACCGCAAGCAUGCUGACUCCAUUGCAGCUAUUCAGGCUGCCGCAGCGGCCAAGGAGGUGGAGUUUGCGGAAAUGGAGCAGAGCCUUAACCGAGCCCAGGCUAGUGCUGCGGAAUUGGAGGCAAGGGUGGUUGAGUUGCAGACCUCGCUAGCUGAAAAUACGGAACGCGCGUCCAGUCUGUCAGCGAAGCUGGAGGAGUCGCUAGGGGACCUUCUGCGCCUUCAGGAUAAGCUCACCGCUUCGGAGGCACAGUUGAGUGAAGAGGCCAGGGCGCACGAAAUGGCGAUAGAGGCGGUGACGCAGAAGUACUCAACUCUCCUUGAAUUGGCUGAAUCGAAGCUUGCGACCGCCGAAGACCAGUGCCAGGACCUUUUGGCCCAUCAGGAAGAGUUGAUGGCAGAGGUAGAGGCCAAGGAUGUCCGUGUCGUCAGCCUCGAGGCCGAUCUUGAGUCGGUUCGCAUGACCGCUGCUGAGACACAGGUGGCACUGGAUGCUCUCAGGCGUCGAGUCAUGGAUGCCGAGAAGAUCACAACUGCAGCUGCCACCAACACCACCACCGUGGCUGACGACGCCAACGGUGAGCUAGACGAGACCAUGCGAGAGAAGGCCCGCAAGUAUCCCGAGCUCAAAGCCAUCGCCUUCGAUCUAAAGGCGAGGUUGGGGAAGAGGGCAGAGUUGCUGGAGUCCUCAAUGAAGGAAACAAGACGGUUGAAGAGGAUUGUGAUGGACAAUGAGAGGCGCGCAAAGGGAUUCCUGGAAGAGUUGGAAAGGUUAAGGCAGCAGAUUUUGAUGAAGAACGCAAUGAUUAAGAAGCUGGAGACGUUGGCUCUUUCCUGUCAUGCGAAUGGUGCCUCUGCUGCCGAUGGAGGUGCUGGACCAUCACUUCCCAAAUCUGCUGCAGCGGUUGUUGUAACCAAGGUAGGGAAGAAGGACAACGAAGUUGACGUUGAAGCAGGCGUCAGGGCAGAAGACGACGCCUCUCCAUUGGAGGACCGCCGGGGCGUGAAUGAUAGUCAGAGCCCGCAGUUCCAACUGCGCUCUGUGGAAGAUGUCGCUGUCUCCUGUUGCAGAAUGAAUGCUGGUGGCUGUGGAAGUGAUGCUGAUGACGGUAGGAGGAGUGUCACUUUAUUUCGUGGGAGAUACUAUGCUCCUGCUGCUGCUGUCAGUGCUACUACCAGUGCUUCUCUUAUGUCGCCUUCGAAGGCGUACUCCCUACCCCAGUGCGUCGACGGAGUGAGCUCCUUGAUGGCGAAUAUCGGAGCAACGGUGCGCGAACUCUCCACCCGCCUGGAGUCCCAGCAUAUCACUUCCAUAGAGACGGAGGGAGAGGUGGGAGAGGCGAAUCAUCAGGUGGUGACGAGUGUGGAUACCAGCGCCUCCCUGAUGGACGAGCUCACUCUCCCCUCCACCACCACACCCAGCUCCCUCUCCGUCUCAUUCCCUGACCCGACUCAGCCUUUUGCGGCGAUUGCGGACUUGCAGGACUACCUGAACCGGUGUGCCGGCCAGUUGACCAGCCUCUUCGCUGCGCUGAUGCAACAGUUGGAGAGCCUGCUUACCUCUGUUCAAGCGCCCAACGCUGCUGGUGAAUGUGCGUCGUCGGACCACGCGAAAGCUCGCAGACUGAUUCGCCACAGUCUGGGUCAUUUCAGCGCACUGCUCAAUCGGCAUCCGACGAAUACUCUGAUCUCCCAUGUGGUGGAAACGCUGGCCCAGGCGCUUCGUCUUCUACACCACACUGCGGCUGCAUCCCUCACUGCUUCAUCAUCAUCAUCUCGUGGAAGCAAUGAUGGCAGAAAGGCAGCCUCGUCUUCCCCCCGCCCCGUGGUCACAGCAACUACCCCGACUUGCAGCUGUUCAUGUCGCCGUCGGUGCAGUCAGAUGGCUGCCUCGGUGCAGGAGCUGACGGCUCUGCUGACCAACACUGCAAAUGCGCUCUCCAGACGUGGCAGUCACGAGACGAUUGACGAGGUGACGGAGGUGGGGCGAGGGUCCACCACCUCCCUGGGUUUUAUCUCAACUGCUGGAGCUCGAUUGGAUUUUCCUUUUAUGCGUCCACUACUGACAAAAGUCACUUUCCCAGCCGCCGUGGAUUCAUGCAUCCAACUCGGCUCCUUCCACCCGCCUACCCGUGAAUCCGUCGGUACUCGACGUGGGCUGUACUUCCGUCUGACCACAUUAGCGGCUUCCCAGGCCUCCUACGCGCAAGAAGUUGAAUUGGACAGGAGACGCGCUGUUGAAACUGGUAGCUCCAUUCUUCCUUCGCAAAUACGGCAGCCGAGACAAAAUUACCGAUCCCGGGGUGGUGGCGGUGGCGGUAGUACCAGCAUUGGAUACAACUUAUCAAAAAGCUUGACACUAAUUACAAUUCCCAACCACACUUCGCCAAUAAUUGUCCAAAAGGCCGCGGAGGCUGCGGAAGGGGCAGUGGUAACAACAGCUCGGAAUAUGUUCGCCAUGUUGAAAUCGACCGCUCUGGAGGGAGGGCAUCGCUCCGCACCUACGUGUUUACCGACAACGCUGUGGCCACAGUUGGCACACGUGCAUGGUCACACAGGUGUCUAUCUCGGCCAACUGUAA